CGCGAUCUAGUCUCUCGACGCUUCUGAUUUCUUCCCUUCUUCUCUAACCUUCUCGGUUUGUGCUCUUGCUUGUAGGGUUCACCGACUGACACAACUACAGGACGGUCCUAUCUACCAUCUCCUUUGGCCCAGCCAAACCCCGGGUCGCACUUCUCGAGAUCUAUCAACUACAUCGGCAGCCCAUUCGCGACGCUUGAUCCGCGAUCUUGUCCACUAUGCUAGCCAAUCCACAGAGAAGCCUGCAUGAGCGGCAUCGACAACACCGCAGGCAGAUCUCCACCCCGUCCGCGCUCGAAGCCGCCAAAGCUCCCUCUCUACCUGCACAGGCAUUGCACCGCUACCAUGCCCACCGCCGAGGACAGAGCUUUGAUCAACGAUCUCUGCCCAUGCAACGACCGCAGGCCAUGCGAGAUGGUCCUUUUUCUACUAACCCUAACCUACCAGGACCCCAACAACCCCAGCAUAUGAUCGGGGAACAGCAACACCAAAUGUACAUGCGCGCCGCCCAGCCGCCAUAUUCUCAGCUGCCAAUCACAAUGCCGAUGGUGCCCGAGUGCCAGGAUCUAUGCGAGGAAGACCUGCGCGCCUUGACUAACCGUAAUGUUCGGGACAAUCAAUCGAAUAUGGCUUAUGCCCCCUCGAACAUGAUCAAACUAGAAGGCCAGAGUCUCGACAGCCGGCCGAUGAGCACCGAUUUCAAUCUGAUCCAACAGCACUCCAAAGUCUCGUGUAACAACCCACUCGACAGCCAACUGCUGGAAAAUGGCACUUGGAGCCUCUACCCCAACGACAACCUCACCACUGCAUUCACAAAUCAGACGAACGCCGUCCCCGCGGAUAUGAGACGGCUCUCGAUGCAGUCCGAUGUACAGAUCCCUCAACAACCUCGCACCCCGAAGCAUCCCACCAACACACAUUACGUUCCGAUUACCCCAGCAACGACGCCAUUUAAGAGAUCGGUGGAUGUUGCUCAGUACGACAUGCAGCCAACACCAACCAAGGGUCAGAAUUGUUCGAUGCCGGGCUCAGCCCAGUCGUCGUAUAUGCAACGCGCCAGGUCGCUCCAAGGAGUGGCCGGGACAACAUUCUCGCAGCCGAAGAUUGAAAUGCCCUCUCCCCCCCAUACAGCUUCGUUUGAAAUGGAUAACUUUGAUGCGUUUGAUUGCCAGUCUAGUCUUGAAAUCCCGAAGUCCGAGAACUUCGCACCGAGCCAGUAUGCUUCGUCAUCCGCCUCGUCUUCGUUCCAUUCCUCUCCGGUGCUUGCCGCCAUGCCGUGCCCCGGGGAUGAGAAUGACCGUCCCGAUAAAAUCCCCAUCUUCCCUGCCACGCCCAGCCGCCCCAGCCUGAGGAAGUCAUCGAGUGUGCGCUCUAGCACGAGCUCCGCCUCCAAGGCCAAGCUUUCCCCCAAAAAUGCUUCGAUUGAGAACCUCAACCUGGAUGACCGUGUUCACGCAUCGAUCAAAGAGACCGGUGUCACCGUGGACGAAAUCGCCUCCUUUAUCCACGGCCCCGAUCCCGACGACGGGAAGUGGGUUUGCCUGCACCCCGGGUGCGAGCGACGCUUUGGCAGAAAAGAAAAUAUCAAGUCCCACGUUCAGACGCACCUGGGGGAUCGUCAGUACAAGUGCGAUCACUGCAACAAAUGCUUCGUCCGUGGCCACGAUCUCAAGCGCCAUGCCAAAAUCCACACCGGAGACAAACCCUACGAGUGCCUGUGUGGGAACGUCUUUGCCCGACAUGAUGCCUUGACUCGACACCGACAGAGAGGCAUGUGCAUCGGCGGCUACAAGGGAAUUGUCCGCAAGACGACGAAACGCGGCCGUCCCAAGAAGCACCGUCCCGAGACCGACGACCAAAAAGAUAAAGCCUCGAAGACUCGCCAGAAGCUCGCCGAAAAGUUCCUCGCCUCCCUCGAGUCGGAUACGUCGCGUAACUCACCGCCGUCCGAGGUGUUUGAGAACAUGAGCCUACACGCGCCUAGUCCUACCGCAGAGAUGCCAGUCUUCAACAACCCCAACUACUCGUUACCGCCAGAAGUCUUCACUUUCACCCCUCCUACCUCUCCUGGCGGCAGUCACGAUCACGGACCAUCUCCCACGUAUAGCGAGCGGUCACUUACUCCCAGCACCGAGGAUGAGCUCCCCUUGUCACCUUCCAAGGGCCCGCUGGACAAGAUCAUCCCGGAACACGGCAUGCCUUCUUUGUCGCACAGUGACACCUGCCCCUACACAGACGUCGCCUGCUCGACCACCCAUGCUCUGUCCUCCCCUCAUACAGCGCCGACCCUGGCCGACUCGUCUCACGGGUCCGAUCUCGAUAUCUUCAUCAGCCAGCCUCCUUCAACGGCCUUCGGCAAGCAUGAAUUCCCCGACCUGGCAGACCCUGACAUGGCUACCUUCCCGGAUUACGUGAAUUCUUCUUUUGAACCCGGAAUGGAUCUAUUUUCAGGAAAAAGUUUUUCCACCGGCCCCCCUAUGAGCGACGAUUUCUUCUCGUUUCAAUUCCAGGUCGACGAGCAACCAUCAGACGUCAUGACCAGGGAAUUUCUCAUGGAUUAAAAGCAACAAUGGGACCAUAUCAAUUGACAAGGAUUUCCACUCACGUGGAAAAGAAGAAAAAACAAAAAACAAAAAACAAAAAACAAAACAAAAUCAUCGGGACUGACGAGCUCACGA